CUCACAUUCGCUCAGUGGUUGUGGCCCUGCCCUCGUCUGCGUGUGGUUUUGGUGUGGUAGAUUCUCCUUGACUUUCCAUUUCAUUUAUUUUUUCUUCAUUUCUCUCUUUCUUCCUCCCUUCUUGUUCGCCAUUUCUCCCACCCUCUUCUUUCUUGCGGGGGAGAAGUGGAGAGAGUAAAAAGAGGGGAAGGAAGAGAGAGAGAUGGUGAUGUGAACGAAGAACCUUUGUGGUGCGGGGGAUGUGAAGGAAGGCUGGAAGGCGUUGGCGGGAAAUUCAGUCAAUUGAAAGAAAAAAAAAUUCAGCCGAGGGGAAAACGCUGAACUGAAAUCCAACUGACAGGAAAAAAUAUAAUGUAACUACUAAUUAAUAUUCCGAUAUUCUUGGCGGCGGUACAGUGUGCCCUGACAGAAAAACAACUGGAGAUGCGAUAUAAUUAAGCAAAAGCGGCAAGGAAAACAAACGUUGAUUUGAAUUCACUCUCCGAUUCGUGUGUUCGAAGCCUUCAGUCAAAUAAGGUCCCAUCGCCGGAGGGCAUGGUGGGCUCUUACACGUCGCUGCCUCCGGGCGUGGCGGCCACAGUUCCGCGCCGGAUCCUCCUCAGGGACUCGUGGGUCAAGCACGCGGCCGGGCCCCCGGAGGAGGCGGCGGCGGAGGCCACGGAGCCCAGCACGACCGAGCCUACGAGCUCUCCGCCGCCUUUCACGUCGCCCUCGACGCGCCCCUCGCUGUUCGCCAGGGAAGGCCCCCGCAGUCCGCCGUUGGCAUCGCCACCCUGCCUCUCGCCCGACCUCCCGCGCCCCUUCGAGCGGUUCCGCAGCGCAAGCACACGCGAAUCACGGACGGCGCGGCGCCCUGCGUCCGUCGUGCUCACCACAUACAUCUCGACGGCCGCCAAGGACGAGUUCCAGGGCCUGUCGGGGAAGGUGUCCCGCACCAAGGCUUUCUUCGAGUCAUCGCCUCUGCAGGUCAAGGGCUCGUCGGGCGAGGGGGAGGAAGCCGACCGCCAGGAGCCCGAUCUCCCGCCCGACACCCUUGUCACCUACACCUUCAGGAACCCGCUGAGGACGUCACCCAAACCGCGGCCGCUCCGACGCUACCGCAACACACUCAGUUCUUUUCCGCGCUGGGCCGACCUCGCCGACGCUUCUGCAGGAGGCGACAACGACAUUUCCGCGCCCCCAAGGAAGCCCGGCUACGACAGUGCACCCGAGGGCGAGGCCAGGGCGCCGGAAGAAGUGACCAUCAAGAGAGUGCGGCCCGUGGUCUCGCGACGCCGUCACGGCACCAUCGUCGGCAUCCUGAAGAACCCCCUCAGCCCCCCCGCCGGCGACACAGCCCAAGCAGUAGCAAGCGAGGAGCGCGAAAUCGCCGGCGGGGGCGCGAAGGGGGGGCCGGGCGGGGGGGCGAGCGGCGUCGGGGGGGAGGCGCGCGCGGAGGCCGGGGGAGGGGGAGGGGGAGGGGGAGGCCCCGGCCGCCCCGCGCCCGCCUCGGGACUCAGUUCGGACCGGGACGCUGAGCGGUCGAGACACGCGGCUCCCUGCAGUCCCCUUCCCUCGUGCCGCUGCGACCACGCGACCCUUGUGCCCGGCGCGCGAGCGAGCGAGUGCCACGAAACGAGUGCCGCCGCGGGCCAUGAGCCAGUCGGCGACGACAUGGUAGUGCCAGGUGACGCGGGCGUGCAGGCGGCGCCCCGCGUGGUGGCCGCCUGCAUUAAAUCGUACCACGACAUCCCAGAGGAGCUCUUCAACAGCCUGCAGGAGAGUUCCGUGGACCCUUCCCCCUCCCCGCCCCCGCCCGCCAAACAGGAUCCCUCGCCCGUCGCCGCCCUCCCUCCUCCCGCCCCGCCCACGCCCGCGCCUCGCAGUGACUGGAAGACCAUGCGCGACGGGCGGAGGGCGCUCCUGGCGGGCGGCGACGAGGCCAGCGACGUGGACACGGAGGAGGGCAGCGAGCUGGACGGCGGGGGCGGCGCCGCGUCCACCAGCGACUACCACACGAGCGACGGGCGCGGCUCGUCCCUCUCGGGCGCCAGCGACGACCACCACAAGCACGACUCUGCGCAGCGACACGCGGACGACCACCUCAUCUACGCCACCAACGGGUCCAGCUACAUCACGCAAGGCGACGAGGUCGACUACGAGUGCUUCCCUGGGGGGGUGUCCGCCCCCACCGCCCUCAUCCGCGACAACUUCCGGGGCUUCUGCAGCACCAUGCUGGGGUCCUCCCUGUCCCCGCCUCCCGGGGUCCCGCCGCCCCGCCCCCCGCCGCACAGCCCGCCCCGGAGUGCGUCGCCCGAGUAUGAGGCCGUGCGAGCCAAACCGCCCGCGUCGCCCUCGCGUCUGGAGGAGGAGCUGCGGGCGGCGGGCGUCUACUUCCGGCGGCCAGGGUCGUCCCCGCCGCGGCUGGCCCGCCUCAGGAGCCACACGCCCGCGAGGGGGAGCGUGGGCGAGGCGGAGGCGGCGGCGCUGCACGCACUGGACGCCUCGCUGGCUGGCCAGAGCGGCUCGUCGGGCGAAAGCUCCCCCGCUCAGUGCGACGCCGCCCGCGCCCGCGCCCGCACGCCUCCCAGCGCCGCUCCCGCGCGCCUCUCUCGCCACGUCUCAUCCCUGCCCCCCGCCCAUCCCAGCGGCGUGCCCAGGGGCGGCCAGAGCCCUGGUCAGCACGACGCGGAGCCCCGCCCCCCCGCUGCCCGCGCCGUCCUCAGAUCCCCCGCCGUGCCGGGCGCGGACGCGGCGAAGGGCGGCGUCUCCGGGGGCGACCCGCGCCCGGAGAGGCCGCCUGUCCACGCCAAGCCGAAUGUGGGUGUCGGCGGCGCCCGCACCGUAGUAACGUUGAGUGGCGAGGACGGGCCUCCCGCCCGCGCCGAGAGCGCGAUGGAGAACCUCAACCUGAUCGAAGAAGUGUAUGUGGACACGCGGCCGGCGCCCGCGUCCUCCGUGUUCAUGCGGGCGUACUACCCCGGCGUGCACUACACGCCCACGGGCUCGUCCAAAACGAGCGCCAAGCCGCCGCCGCCCGCGCGCAGGUCCUCGCUGAACCCCGCGCCCAGCCGGAGGGCGGCCCUGGAGGAGGGCAGCUCCCUCGCGCCCGGCGACAGCGACAGCGGGCACGAGAGUGGCGCCACGAGCCCGUGCGGCACACUCACGGGGGACGACACGCAGUCCCCACCGCCCUCGCCGCCCCACGCCCACGCCCACAAGGGGCACGUGCCGCCCGCACACCUCCACGACCUUUCGUCAUCCGGCCUCGCCAACCACUCGCGGUCGCCCAGCCUGCAGUCGUGCAGGGGCGCCGCCGUCCUGGAGGGUGAGGUGGGCGUGGCAGUGGUGGGCGAGCCGAGGGACAUGAACGGAAUGGGCGCGCUCGAGGCCAGGCCGCCCACACACUUCGUGGUCGUGGCCAUCGACUUCGGCACGACCUACAGCGGCUACGCCUUCAGCUUCACACGCGACCCCGAGAACGUGCACAUGAUGAAGAAGUGGGAAGGAGGCGACCCCGGGGUUCAGAACCAGAAGACGCCCACCAUCGUCCUGCUGACUCCCGACGGCCGGUUCCACUCCCUCGGGUUCACGGCGCGCGACACGUACCACGACCUCGACCCGAAGGAGGCCAAGCGGUGGCUGUACUUCGACCGGUUCAAGAUGGCGCUGCACGCCGACCAGACACUGAGCCGCGACACGAUGCUGGAGGCGGCCAACGGCAGGAAGGUGCCCGCCCUGCAGAUCUUCAGCCACGCCCUCCGCUACUUCCGCGACCACGCCCUCCGCGAGCUGAGCGACCAGGCGGGCGUGACGGUGCUGGAGGAGGACGUGCGCUGGGUCAUCACCGUGCCCGCCAUCUGGAGCCACCCGGCCAAGCAGUUCAUGAGGACGGCGGCGUACCAGGCCGGAAUGGGCUCCAGCGCGCGCCCGGAGCAGCUCCUGAUUGCCCUCGAACCCGAAGCGGCUGCCAUCUACUGCCGCCGCCUCCGCCGCCACCAGCUGCUGCCGGACCGGCCGCCGGACCUGCGGCAGCCUCGCCACAGCAGCACCUCGCCGCCGUCGCUGUCGCCGCUGCAGGAGAGCGGGUCGCCCAUUCCGGUGCCGGCGAUGCCCGAGCUAGACAGAGAGGAGCUGGUAACACAGGCAUACCGGAACGUGGAGACGGUGGCAGACUGGCUACGAGAAGACACGGUGUACGCUGUGGUCGACUGCGGCGGCGGGACAGUGGACAUCACGGUGCAUCAGAUGACCGACAGGCUCACGGGUCACCUCAAGGAACUGCACAAGGCUAGUGGCGGGCCUUACGGAUCCACAGGCGUGGACGUGGAGUUCGAGCGCCUGCUGGAGACCCUCUUCGGCAGCGACUUCCUCAGCGCCUUCCGCCGGCAGCGCCCCGCGGCCUUCGUGGACCUGAUGAUCGCCUUCGAGUCACGCAAGAGGAACGCGUCGCCCUUCAGGGAGAACCCGCUCAACAUCGCGCUGCCGUUCUCCUUCAUCGACCUCUUCAGGAAAUUCCGCGGGAAGGAUGUGGAAUGGGCCAUCAAAAAACACCAACACCUGGGCGUGAGGUGGUCGGCGCAGGGCAUGUUGAGGGUCGAGCAGGAGACCAUGCGCCAGCUGUUCCUACCCACGCUUGCCAACAUCACGCAGGCCAUCGAGUCGGUCCUCUCGGCUCCUGAAGUGGGCCCGCUGCAGUACAUGUUCCUCGUCGGGGGGUUCGCCGAGUCAGAGCUCCUCCAGAAACACAUCCGCGACGUCUUCGGACACAGAGUCAACGUGAUCAUCCCGCAGGGCAUGGGGCUGGCCAUCCUGCGCGGGGCGGUGCAGUUCGGGCUGGACCCGGGCGUGGUGACUGUGCGCCGCUCGCGCCUCACGUACGGUGUGGGCGUACUGAACCGGUUCCAGCACGGUAUGCACCCACCCGACAAGAGGGUCGUGGCGGCGGGCGCCGAAUGGUGCGCCGACGUGCUGGACCGCUUCGUGGCGGUAGACGAGAGCGUGGCGGUGGGCGACGUGGUGGUGCGCUCCUACACGCCCGCAACGCCCGCACAGUCAACCGUCAUCCUGCACCUGUACGCCACGGAGAGACACGACGCCAAGUUCGUGACCGAGGACGGCGUGCGUCGCGUAGGAACCCUUCACCUCGACCUCGGAUCCCCUCCUCCUCUUCCUCCUCCUUCGCCUUCGCCGGGCACCGAGGAGGACUCCCUCCCGCAGCGACGGGAGAUCACCGUCCACAUGAAGUUCGGCGACACAGAGGUCAAGGCCUCUGCCGUCGACCACCUAACCGGCCAGUGCGUCCGCGCCAACAUCGAUUUCUUAACACUCUAAUGUAUUGUGAUAUAUAAAAGUGUACGUGAGCGUGCACGUGCGCUUUAAAGACAAAAUCAGUCAGCUUUUUCACAUUUUUACUUUGGCAUGAAGCUUGUCGUCUGAAUUACGUACAGGCCGCGGUGCGCUCCGAAAGAACUCGAGAAGGAUGCUAGGUGGGGCGAUGUCCUCGUCCAUUCCCUCAGAGGAGACAAAACCACAAGGACUUUAUUGCAAAAAGGGGAUGAUCUGAUGUAUAAAUUCGAAGGAUUUAUGCAAGCUAGAUGUCUCUUUGCGAGCAGCUGUAGUUCCAUAAGAAUAACACUAUUUAAUUUUAAUUUCCUAUGUAUACAUAAGCACUCUAUAGUCAGAAUAUUUUUAUAGUCUAGUUUUUCUUCUGAAUCCUAGUGUGAAAGAUUUUUUUUUUUCUUUUGCUGUAGAAAGACAAAUUAUCAAUUUAUAUUGUUAUGUUGAUAACAUGCUUCAGCAUUAUGCCAAAGGAUUGUGUACAUUUGUAAAAUUAUGAUUGAAAAUUUAUUAUAGUUAAGUUAUAGAAAAGAGUGCUUGCUUGCCUCUCAGUAUUAGAUGGUAUACAUAACGUGAUGUAUAUUACUUUGGUAUAAAUGAGGAACUUGCAAGCCAGUGCUCUAAAACAUCAAAGUAUCUUCCAAGAUGCAGAUCCCCUAAGAGAAGUUAAAAAGAGAGAGAGAGAGAGAGAGAGAGAGAGAGAGAGAGAGAGAGAGAGAGAGAGAGAGAGAGAGAGAGUGAGUGAGUGAGUGAGUGAGUGAGUGAGUGAGUUAGUGAGUUAGAAUGAGAGUGAGAGUGAGAGAGUGUGAGAAAGUGAGUGAGAGAAAGAGAAAGAAAGGGUGGGGGAGAAGCAGAAGACUGAAGAGAGAAUUAGAGGUAGAAAUGAAGUGAAGUGAAGAGGAGGAGGAGAGAGACGGGAAGAGACUUACUCCAGAUUGCAUGGAGUGUUGCCCUCGCCUCCAGCCGCGAGAACACCGAUCAAAGUCGUGGCAGACACAAGGAACACAAACGCGAAGAGGACGAUGGUCACCUGUAGCCCAUGGAUACGAAAUACCCAACGCAACUUCUAGUCAGAUUUAGCAAACGUUUCCGAACGUCGACGAGAAUUAUUCUUUGUGCUCAAACUGAAAAAAAACAGUAAGGAAUACAGGAAAAUAAGAUGCUUCUGCAGUUGCUGAAGAUUAAUCGUUUUGAAGUGUAGAUGCAAUCAAUGUAAAAUCAUGAAUUAUAUUGUAGUUGCAAACAAAGAAAGGGACUAAAAAAAUACGUAGUAUAUGCCAAUCGUUACACUGUACAGUCACUACCAAAUAUCUAUUUAGAAAAAAAACAAACAAACAAACAAGCCAGUCAUAUAUUAUGGUUACUGGAGUAAGACUUGUAUAUAAUCACCUUAUGUUAUGUAUCUUAUAGACUAUAAUCUUAUCCUUGUAAACUUACUCAGAGUUUGUGAUUCCAAGGCAUGUGUGCACUGUUGGAAGCUUUUUAAAAUUCAGACCUAUUUUUAUGUUGCUGGUAACAAUUUGCUUUAAAAAAAGUCUGGAUUUUAGGCUUUUUAUGAACACACGUGCAGUAGUUAUGUAAGUAAAAUGGAUUAGCAUACAGGUACUGCUGAUCAGGUAUUAAACCUUACAAUAAAGAU